AUGUUUUCCAAAUGUGUCACCAAAUUUUUGAGAAAUAUUAUUCAUGUAAUAUUAUUAGUUAUUAUCAAAAUGUGCAGUGUACAAAAAAAUGACAGUGCGGGAUGUUAUUAUACCUUCAAGGCGUUUGUUUAUUCAAAAAUCUCUCCAAAUCAUGAUUCUAAAGUUCCUUUUCCUCGGAGUGGACAUAGGAUAGGGGCAGACUCAUCCAAUUUUUAUUCAUUCGGUGGUUACAACCCAUUAGUGAGGGAUGAUGUGGAGCAAAAUGAUGAUGACAAUUUCUGGAUACAAUCUUAUCCACUGUUUCAAGAAUUAUGGAAAUUCAAUUUUGCAUCCAAGCAGUGGACAAAGUUUAAUAACAGUGAAACCCUUCCCAUGGAAUUGGCAUCCAAUGCACUUAUUCUACAUGGAAAUGUCUUGAUGGUUUAUGGGGGUACAGGUUCCCCAUUCGGAAUCAGAUCUAGCAAUCAACUUUAUGUAUGUAAAGUUAAUGAUGAAAAUGGUAUGAUGGUUGAAGUGAACACCACUGGUCAAUUACCUCUACCACUGUAUGGUCAAGCUGUUGUGUUCCAUAAUGAUUAUCUGUAUACUAUAGGUGGUACCACUGGUUUAGCAUACACAUGUGAUGUUCAUAGGUUGAACAUCAAAACGAUGCAUUGGGAGAUAGCGUACAUCUGCAACGGCCAAGGUGAAUACGAACCGAAGGGACGCUACAGACAUGAGGUGGGUUUCGAUGGCAAACGCAUUUACGUACUCGGCGGAGGUACCACCGACGAAGCUUACAGCUUCAAGUUCGUACCGACUUUCGAUGUGGAGAAGAAUGUGUGGUUCAAGCAGAAAACUGUCAAGGACGGCAGACGAGGUUAUCCAGCGGCGAGACGAUGUCACGGAGCCGUCCAAAUAACCAGCAACGACACCGUCCAAGUGUUCAUAACGGGCGGCCAUGACGGCGAAAACAUCUUCAACGACCUGUGGCGGCUCGACCUCGCCACCAAUCACUGGACGUGCUUCGUCACCUGUCAGUUGCCGCAGCCUACUUACUUCCACGCCACCGCCGUCACUCCCGAAGGGAAACUGUACGUUUUUGGGGGGAAUUACAGUGUCAAUGAUGACGUCAGACGGAGUAAUUCGGUUUAUGCUACGUGGCUGUGCAUUCCGAAGUUGAGCGAGAUUUGUUGGGAGGCGGUGUUGUUUUAUAGUCCGCAUAUAAACAGGUGUAAGAGUAGCGAUUUGGUUGAUAUCGGGUUGCCUAGGCAUUUCAUUCAGAGGUUAGGUAACGUCGAGUCUGCUUGA